AUGGAGGACACCCUGAAACAAGCGUUACCUCAAAGCACAUGGUCAGAACCUGGCUGUGCGGCCUUUGAUUUCCGUGGAGAUGUGCGCACCAAUCCGACACUGGAUAUGCUCAACGCAAUGGCCCACGCCAGUCUUUCCGACGGGGUUGCAACAUCUGAUCCAACAACUCACGAGCUUGAAGCAUACCUCGCCAAGUUAACUUCCCAUCCUGCAGCUUUGUUCGUGCUAUCUGGAACAAUGGGGAACCUCGUUGCCCUCCGGAGUCUUCUCACUCAACCACCCUACGGAAUUCUGUGCGACUCGCGUGCUCAUAUCCUCGCAAGUGAAGCCGGCGGCGCUUUUGCUUUCACCGGGGCCAUUCCCCGGCCUGUUGAGCCUGCAAAUGGGGUCUAUCUGACUCUUGAGGACAUUAUACCUCAUAUAGUACUCCCAGACUCUGCUACUGUGCACAUGUGCCCGACGAGAGUGAUUUCCCUCGAAAAUCCGCUCAGGGGUAUGAUAAUGCCUCUGAGCGAGACAUGCAGAAUUUGUGACUUUGCUCAUGAGCACGGUGUACUCGUUCACUUGGACGGUGCACGACUUUGGGAAGUUGUCUCCGCCGGUGCAGGCUCAUUGGAAGAGUACUGCUCUCUUUUUGACACAGUCACCAUGUGCUUCUCUAAAGGACUUGGUGCCUCGGCUGGUGCCAUUGUAGUUGGCGGUGAAGCUGUUAUUCGUCAUGCUCGGUGGAUUAGGCAAAGUAUUGGCGGAAGUAUACGGCAGCCAGGGCCGCUUUCUGCUGCUGCAUUAGUUGCUGUUAAGAAGACUUUUGGUGCAGGUCUUCUCAAGCCUACCCAUGAGAUUGCCCAGGAGAUUGCAACAUUUUGGGAGGGAUGUGGCGGUACAUUAAAACAUCCGACACAGACUAAUAUGGUUUGGCUAGAUUUUACGGGUUUAUCUUUUGGGUUGAGACAAAUGAUUGACGAAGCUUCCCGUAGAGGCAUCUUUAUCUCGAGGGACAGACUCAUAGUUCAUUAUCAAAUUUGCAGUGAAGCCGUUUCGACUUUGAAACAGUUGAUGGCGGAUUUGACAUCUGGUGAAGAACCAGGCAAGUAG